GCUUGACGUGACUUUAAUUUACUGUAGCGGCUGCGCUCACUGCACAAGCAACGCGACCACGUGAUCGCGUCGGGCCGUGACAUCAUUGCUGUGGACGCGAUGCGCACCGACCUCGUCUGCAAGGGUGCGUCGAUCGUAUCCCGUCAUGUCGUCACUACAGCGGACGAUCGCCCCGCCCCGCCACCGAUCUCAACAGGAAGCUCCCCGACGCGCAUAUAAGAGCAAUGUCUCCUCCAUUCGCCCGAGAUGCUUCUUCGACUUGCCCCCCAUCGUUCCACCUUGCGUCCGCUCCUGCUAUCCGCCACCAGAAACUUCGCCGGCAUGCCUUCAAAUGAUAUGGAAGCAAAGAACGCGUCGGGCCUCACGCCUAAUGAGACCAAUUCGCUCAAGGAGAGGAGCGCCCAGCCUCACGAGGAGAAGAUCGUCCAAGGCAUCAAAGAGCUCUAUUCUUGCAAACCAUCUGAGGAAACAUACAAGAUUUACUCGAACGAUGCCGUGUUCCACGACCCCAUCGGCAUUGCAGAAGGCAUAAAGGCCAUACGCGCGCAAUUCAAUGGGCUGGUCAAGAUAUUCCCUCGGGCUGACGUUACCAAGUUCCGCAUCCUGGAAAAUCCCUCGUCGGUUCCGAAGAGCACCAUCCUGAUUGACCAGGAUGUCGCUUACUACCGCGACCCCUCCGGCUCUCCUACGAAGACCGUGAAUUCCUUGCUCACCCUGCAGACAAAUGACGCUCAUCAGAUCACGCGGCACACGGAAGAGUGGGACCACAAGCGCGAGACCACACGGGACGAUGGCUUCUUAGGAUUGCUGAACGAGCAGAGAAAGAAGAUCACCGCCAGCGUAACGGGCAUGUUCAUCAGCCAAGACCCGCCCGAGGGCAAGAAUUCCACGUAGAAGAUAAUACAGUCCGAAGGCCGCAAGAACUGUACGAUACAGAGCAGUGAACACAGUACUUGUACACUACAUGUUGCCAAUAAAUAUUGUCACAAAGGUUCAUGAAGAGCGUGGUCGUCACAGAGUCCUUCUCUUGAAGUGCAGUCCCUCUGGCCAGCAGGCGUGCUACUAGAAUUCGAACCACCGUUUCGCGGUUUGCUGUGCCGCAAGUCUCUUGGCCUGCACAUUGACUAGAUGUCAGAAACUGGACUGAUGGGCGGG